AGGAAGCGGUCAUAUUGUGACAGAUGACACUCGACCGUCAGCAGCAACGACUGUAAUCAAAACAGAAGACUUCAUAAUUUUUAUCGAAAGCGGAGAAAUUAAUUAAAACAAUGACGCCUUUUAACUCAAAUAUCUGCUGACUGACCCGUUACUGUUAUUAUUUUUUUAAUUUUCCUGUCGACUGACUUUCCUAGCAUGGAUUCUGAGGGCCCUCAGGCCCUGUGCGACCUCUGCUUGGCUCAGGUGUGCCGCAGCCUGGACGUUCUGUGCAGCAGGCGAACAGACGGCUCCAUGUGCCUCAGCCGGGCCCCAUUCUUCCCACAGGAGAUGGUUGACCAGUUACUGCAAAAGAUGGCAACUAAAGGAAUACUGAAUGACACAACUGUUGGAAUUUUCCGAAAUUGCAAAGAACUCCGUCUGCGCCGAGCGUCCAUCCGCUGCUGCCCAGUGUCUGCAGAAGCUUUUCUCCUGGCCCUCUGCCCUCACCGGCUCCAGGAACUGGAUGCCUCCUGGGUCUCUGGGGGUCUCACUGGGGCUAACAUCAUCUCAGGCUUGGCCUCCAACCCAGAGUGCAGAUCCAGCCUGCUGAGGCUGUCCCUCAAUGGACUACGUCUGGACUGGGAGUCUCUGGUUGAGGAUGGAGGGCCCUAUGUUGGCUUCAGCUCUCUGCAGGGCUUGAGAACUCUCAACCUCGCCAACACAGACCUGACUGAUGCUGUCCUUGAGGAUGUUUGCUCUCUCCCUCACCUGGAGAGCCUGGAUAUUUCCUGCAGCGCAGUCUCAAACCUCACAGCACUCCUUAAUUGCAAGAACACCCUGAUAUCUUUGAUUGCCCACCGGCUGCGACAGUUAGACAUGUCGCCUGCCAGGUUGCUCUUUGUCCUCAGCCAACUUCUGGCUCUAAGGCAUCUGGACUUUUCAGAUGACCAUAUUGCUGUGGAUGAUAGUGAUGGGAGAGAUGGGGAUGAGACAGUGCGGCAACUUCUGGAGGGAAGUCCCCAGGUUCUCCCUUCCCUUGUUUCUCUAGAUAUCUCUGGACGGAAGAGAAUCACUGAAGCAGCAGUCAGAGCAUUUGUGGAGGCCAGGAAUGGACUGGUCUUCUUUGGCCUGCUAGCCACUGGGACUAGUUCCUGUGACGCCCUGUUUUCACAGAAAAACCUAAAAGUAACUGGAGAGGCUAAUGAGAACCAGGUGUGUGAGGCCCUGAGAAGGUACAGUGACCGUGAGUGUUUCAUACGAGAGGCCCUCUUCCAUCUCUAUAACCUAAUCACUGACAUUGACAAACCACGACCAGAUAUGCUCAAGCUGGUGCUGAGCGGGAUGCGGAGCCACCCGACCUCCCUUCAUGUCUACCUGGUGGCCACAGCAUGUGUGUUCAACCUGACCACUCAGGACCUGGCAGAGGCCAUGCCUGUGAGCCUGCUUAGCUCCACUGUCACCCAGCUCCUGUACGCCAUGAAGACCUUCCCCAACCACCAGCAGAUGCAGAAGAACUGUCUGCUGGCUCUCUGCAGUGACUACAUCCUUCAGGAUGUCCCUUUUGACAAGUAUUUAGCAGCCACGCUGGUGAUUAACUGGCUGAGCAGCCACGAGGAUCCUACCCUUCAGAGGCUGGCUGUGGCUGUCAUCUCCAUUCUGGUGGCCAAGCUGUCCAUAGAGGAGACUGCUCAGCUCGGCACAGAUGUCUUCAUUAUGAAGCAGCUGCUGGCUAUUGUGCAGCAGAAAGCCAUGGUGGGGGUGGUGGACUCCACUCUGAAGUUUGCCCUGAGUGCUCUGUGGAACCUGACUGAUGAGAUGCCCACCGCUGCUCGUAAUUUCAUCGAAUGCCAGGGCCUGGAGCUGUAUGAGGAGGUUCUGGAGUCUUACUACGGAGAACCUUCCAUUCAGCAGAAACUUCUUGGCCUACUGAACAACAUAGCUGAGGUGGAGGUGUUACAGGCAGAUCUGCUGGACGAGGAUCUGCUGGAGCACAUCCUCAGCCUGUUGCAGGACUCCCAGGUGGAGGUGGGAGUUCGUUACUUUGCAGGGGGGAUCCUGGCCCAGCUCGCCUCCAGACCAGAGACCUGGACUCUGGGUGACGAGCUCCUUAGCACCAUAUUGAAGCAGCUGCAUGCUUCCAUAAUAACGUGGACCCAACUAGAGAGAGAAAUGGUCUCCUACAGGUCGUUCCAUCCGUUUUGUCCUCUGCUUCAGACUUUCCAGCCCUCAGGAGUGCAGCUGUGGGCAGUCUGGGCCAUACAUCUGGUGUGCAGUCAGAACACUUCACAUUACAGCAGCAUGCUGGAGAAGGAGGGCGUGACUGAACUUCUGAAGGCUUUGGCUGCACAUCCCAACACACACAGUGACAUUAAAGGACUAUCAGACAGCGUAUUGCAUAUGAUACAGCGACAUCAGAGUCGCUCAGGGCCCUCCAACAGCCAGAACUCUUGACAAAAGAGCAAAGAAAUAUAUUGCAUCUCAUUUAGUGUCUUUGAUCUGGACCUAAAAUGUACUAGAUGUGAAGUUACAGUAUUGAAGGACAGACAUUUCACGUCAGUCCUCUUGGAAUUUGAAUUUAAUGUGAUAAAUUCCAUGCAAUAUUUUAUACAAAGAGUAUGAUCAUUGGUUGUGGAAAGAUAUUUCCAUCAUUAUCUACUUAUAACUUAAACUUUAAAACUUUUAAAUUUAGUUUUAAAUCCUUUAAAAACUUAAGAAAUUAGGAUUAAGAUUAGUUUACAGAUCAUAGUGAAUGUCCUAACUACUAUUUGGCCCAUUCUGAGCUGUUAAGUUCAAAAGUGUUUGACAUUGAUGAAGUGUUCCAAAUAAACUGAAAUUAGAGAUCCUAAA